AAUACAAUACAAAAUUAUUACAAUAACAUUUAUUUAUUAGCAGUAAUUAAAUAAUUAAAAUGAAUUUAAAGCUAUAUCUUUUACUUUUAUCGUCUAUAUCUACGAUUACAUCUUUACCUUUACCAAAGAACAAUUUUACCGUACAGUUGUGUUGCCAACCAUCGGAAUAUUUUAAUAUGUCUCAAUACAAAUGUCAACCAUUAAAGAAAAAUAUUGAUGUUAUAUGGAAUUUAAAACUUGAUUAUUUGAAUAAAACGGAAAAGGAAUUGAGUAUUUUUAAAGAUGUCCCUCCUGAAGUUAAUUUGCCCUGCGAAAAACCUGAAAUAAUGUAUUGGAAAUUAAAUGAAGCUAUCGAUAUUAAUAUUGUGAAAAAUGUGGAAUAUUGUUUUACACCAUUUCAUUUGGAAAACACUAAUAAAUAUGUUCUUUUACCAUUGGAUUGCAUUUGGGAAUUACAUUUCUUGUUUGCUUUUAGACAUGAAUACAUUUACUUCCUAUCGGGCUUCUUUCUGAUACCAACUGCUUUCGUUUACAUUAUUCUAAAGCCGUUAAAUGCAACUCUAAUGGGUAAGUGUUUCAUUGGCUAUUUGUGUUCGGUGAUUGCAACGAAUGGUCUAUACCUCAUAAUUGUUCAAAUGCUUCAAAUGAAAUAUCGUCUACCGAAUUUAAUUUACAUAUUAAUAGGAUUUAUCCACUUCUAUCUGAAUAUGGUUAUUGUCUACUGGUUAAAUGUUUUAGGUUUUGAUGCUUGGAAAAAUCUAAGUGAAUUGGGUGAAGAUCUAAGUCCCAAUGAGAAGAGAAAACGAUUUUGGUUUUAUUCAACUUAUGUCUGGAUCAUGGGCGCUUUAACAACGGUCCCCACUGUUUGGAGAAAUGUUUCAGUUAUUAUCGAUUAUUGCGGCAAAUAUAAACGUUCCAAGACUUGUGUAUCGUUGACUUAUAUUAUUUUAUACACCGAUAUGUAUUUUGCUCCACUCGUUAUGAUAAUUUUGAUUAUAAAUUUCCUUAUAUUAUGUUCUGUAUCCUGGAAAGUUUAUAAUAUUCGUCGAAAAUUUGCUGCAACAAUGUAUAGGAACAGAUUUUUGCAAGAAAAGUGAGUAUUACAUAAACAUAUAUACAUAUAUAAAUCGAUUGCUGAAAGAAGAAAUAUGCGGUCAAUUGUCUCUAUAAACUCGUUAAUAAAAAAUAGAGAAAAAAAUUAACUUGAAAUUUUCUCUUUAAAUACAAUCUUAUUUUGAAUUAUUUUCCUUUUUAUUAGUUCUACGAUUUGCUUGCGAUUAUUCCUUUUAUUGGGCCCUCAAUGGAUGGUCAUGUAUAUAUUAAAAGAUUA